GACAGAACUAAUACAAGAGCAUGAUUUCCCAGGCGAAACAACUGAAAUCCAAAUCAGCCAAUAUGAUCGGUUCUAUAAAUUAGUAGGAAACUUUAAACGGGGUGCAAGUGAACAUACAUGUGCCAGAACUCCAAAAGGGUAUAUAUCGGGCAGUAUGUCCGGUAUUUAUCCGCAACGGACGACUAUGUUAAGGAACUUGAAGAACAAGUUUCGCUGCUUGAUGGCUUGGAUGGUCAACAGCAAGAAAACAGUUUUCAAAGUGAACAAGCUGCAGCUGCAGGCCAUGUAAUCCCGCUGCAUGGCUUAGAACAAAACCAAGUGAUUAACCAAUCUCAGAUUGAUCAACGGUCUUCAGUUUCUCAGACAAACUCAACAGGAAGCGGUGGUCGUCGUAAAGGAUCCGUGCUAAGUGAAGAGGAGAAAAGAGAAAGGAAGAGACUAAAUGACGCCAAAUAUAGGUACAACAAAAGGGUCGAGAAUGAAAAGCUGAAGGAUGAGAUUAACAUGUUAAGAAGCAUGUUACAAGCAUCAGAACAAGGAAAGGAAACUGAGGCACCAAGUAUUCAUGGACCGGUGCAGGACUUCGGUAGUGACAGAGAUCUUCCCGUUGUUGUGGAGGACCAACCUCCAAGGAUUUUGGAGGAAAACCAAUCACCCACUAAUCCUCAGGAUGCUUCUUACAGAGAUCUUGUUGUUAUGCAUAAUGAUGUUCAGAGUCAUUCCUUGGAGGAAAACCAACCAAUGACUUACCUCCAGAUUGAUGCUGGGAUCUCCCAGGAGGAAAAUCAAGUACUCACACCCCCCCAGUUAUCUCCUGCUUGCUGCUUAACAUUGAUGGAAAAAUUGGAACGAGAUGAGAGGAGUACCGUUUCAUAUUCUGAUUUCAAGACACUAUUGCAAGGAGAGAAACAAGAGGUUCGAGGAUACAGGAUUCCAUUGGUUUUGCAGCCUAUUUUUGAAAAGAUAAUCACUUCCUAUGGUGAUAUAACAAGCAAUUCUUUGUUAAGUUCUUUUUCUGCUGAAAAUGUAUUGCUUCAGUUUUUAGCCACAAUCCAAGAAAUGGGGGACACAUCUUUGGAACAAGUGACUGAGGAGUUGAUUUUCAAAUGGAGAGACUGCAUAGCUGAAGCUAAACGCAUCAAAUUCAAUGUAGACUUUGCGACAGAGCAUUUAAAGAAAAUCGCAAAGUCUUAUCUGAAUCGAAAAGCUUGUAACGAGUUGAGCUGCAUUGAUAAAAAGAUAGAGGUAUUGGAGAUAGAGCUCAAUGAUUUGAAAAGAGAGAAGCUCGUAAAACUCGAGAUGUAUUCAUCUCAGCUGUUGCCAGCUUCAGAUGAUUUCCGUGGAAAUGUUGGUUUGUUUUAAUGUUUUGUGGAUCUCACUAUGGUGUACAAGAUUGUUUUUGAAGUUAGGUUCACUAUGCCAUUAUCAAAAAAAUUAAUCAUUAUGGCAUUUAUCAUUAAUUAUGUAGUGCAGGAACAUGGUGGUUGGCGUUCUCCUCUGGGAGGUCCCUCCUAACAAGGCUGAAUCUUUAAUUUCUUGAAAAGAUAGAACUGAAAUCCCUCGAACUGUAGUAAUAUUACUAAACAUUAUUCUAGAAUUUAACUAUUGAAGUAUGUUAUUUCUUUUCUUA